GCGCACGCGGCGGGGCAGGCUAGCAGCCAAGCUCUGACAGACCAGUGGGCCUCUGCCAAGUGACCCGUGGGCUCCGGGGCCGACUGUUUGCUCCUCCCUGACUGUGACUGACAGUACACGGCUGUCUGUCUGUCUGCCUGCCUGCCUGUCUGUCUCUCUCUGGGUCUGCCUGGCGGGCCACCUGCCUGUCUGCCUGACUUCCCCUGUCUGUCCGUCUGCCUGUCUGGCCAGCCCUGGCCUGCGGUGUGUGGCUCCCCGGUGCAGCCCAUCUCUGCCCUCUGUCUGUGCGUGGCCUCCCUGGGAUGUGACCGACCGCUGCCUGCGACCCCAGCUGGCGCCCGCUGUGUGGCCCGCCGGCCCGAGCCCCGGCCAUCCGUCCCGGUGACAGGUGGCACGCUUGUCUGGCUGUGACUCAGGGCAGGCUGCGGAUCCCCAACCCCGAGACCGGCCUGCGCCCUCUGACUCUGGUCCCCCAGCCCCACACCGAGGCGGGCUCCCAGCCCGGAGAGCCCACCGGUCGGUCCCCGACACACAGAAUGGAUUCCUGAGGGAGAAGCUGCGACGGCAGGACCCCGAGAGGCAGCAUGCCGCGGGGCGGGGCGGCCCCUCUGCUCUUGCUGGUGCUCCAGGGUGCCUGGGGUUGCCUGGACCUCGUCUGCUACACUGAUUACUUCCAGACAGUCACCUGCACCCUGGAGACAUGGACCCUGCACCCGGGCACGCUUACCCUCACCUGGCAAGACCUAUACGGAGAACUUGUGGACGAGGUCACCUCCUGCAGCCUCCGCCGGUCCACGCACAAUGCCACGCACACAGAGUACACGUGCCACAUGGACGUGUUCCACUUCAUGGCCGACGACAUUUUCAGCGUCAACAUGACAGAUCAAUCUGGCAAUUACUCCCAGGAGUGUGGCAGCUUUGUCCUGGCUAAGAGCAUCAAGCCGUCCCCCCCUUUCAACGUGACCGUGACCUUCUCGGAACAUUACAACAUCUCCUGGGACUCCAAUCAUGACUCCUACCCGCUGAAGGGCAAGCUGCAACAUGAACUGCGGUACAGGAAGCAGGGAGACCCCUGGGCUCUGAGUCCGCAGAGAAAGCUGAUAUCGGUGGACUCCAGAAGCGUCUCCCUCCUUCCCCUGGAGUUCCGCCGUGACACGGACUAUGAGUUCCAGGUGCGAUCAGGGCCGCAGCCUGGCUCUUCCUUCCAGGGGACCUGGAGCGAGUGGAGUGACCCAGUCACCUUUCACACCCCGCCGGAAGAGCUAAAGGGAGGCGGCCACAUUCACCUGCUGUAUAUCUUCCUGGUCAUCAUAGUCAUAGUCUUCCUAGGGCUGAAGAUUGACCUGCCUUGGAGGCUGUGUAAGGAGUGGGUGCAGGUGCCCAGCCCGGAGCAGUUCUUCCAGCCCCUCUACAUGAGUCACAGUGGAGACUUCAAGAAAUGGGUGGCCACACCCUUCUCUGCGUCCAGCCUGGAGCUGGUCCGCUGGAGCCCAGAGGCGCUUUCGUCCUUGGAGAUGCACGCCUGCUGCCCGCCGCGCGGGGCCUGCAAGGGGCCGGAGCCCACAGAGCUGCUGGAGGCGGACGGGCUGCCUGAGACGGGCUUCUGGGGCCCAGUCGGCUGCGUGGCCAGCGGCCUUGGCGGCUCAGCCUUCAGCCAGGAGAGGGACCGACCCUACGGCCUCGUGUCCAUUGACACGGUAACCGUGGCGGACACCGAGGGGCCGUGCGCCUGGUCCUGCACCUGCGGAGAUGAUGGCUACCCAGCCCUGAACUUGGACGCCAGUCUAGAGGCCGGCUCGAGCACUGAGGACCCGCUCUUGGACACGGGGACCACGGUCCUCUCCUGCGGCUGCGUCUCAACUGGUGGCCUUGCCGGGCCGGGAGGCCCUCUGGGCAGCCUCCUUGACAGGUUAAAGCUGCCCCUCACGGAGGAGGUGGGGUGGACCCCGGGGCCGCGCUGGAGCGGCGGGCCACCCCGCGGGGUGUCUGACAGUGAGGCAGGCUCGCCCCCGGCCGGCCUGGACAUGGACACUUUCGACAGUGGCUUUGCGGGCUCUGACUGUGGGAGCCCCGUGGAGUGUGACUUCGCCAGCCCCAGGGACGAAGGGCCCCCCAGGAGCUACCUCCGCCAGUGGGUGGUCGUGACCCCUCCGCCUGAGGGAGCGGGGACCCAGGCCAGCUAGUGGGGCUGAGUGGCCGUUUAGAGCCACUCGGCCCUGAGCCAGAGCUGCGGUCACCUGGGCCGGAGGGCAGAGGGGCCUGCGACCUCUGGUCCCCCCGAUGGGGCCCCGAGCCUGCUGUUCACAGCGCGCGUGUGUGACCCAGGCGCGCGCUGGUGUGUCCCUGCGUGAGCAGCACACAUGCCAGUGGACAUGGUGCAUGGCCGUGGUGAAGCCACAGGCCCAAGGCCAUGUACGUCUGUGCCUACGUGAGGUCCCCAUGUGCACAGAUGUGUCUGUGGCCGUGUGCUCAGGAUGACAGCCUCCCUCCUGGCCUGACACGUGGGGAGGUCCCGGGUCAUGUGCUCACUGCCCUGCCCACGAUGGCUGCAUCCCAGCCCUCCAGGUCCCGCCACCAGGAGCCGCAAGAAGUCUGUACUGUUCCCUUUCACUUUCCAGGGGGAGGGGAAGAAGAUGGAGUGAGCCCACUGUGACCCUGCAUGUGGGAAGGUUUCUGGGGGAGGGGGUGCUGUGGACUGAGGUCUGCUUCCCAACUGUGAUAGCUCUGGUCUGUGCCGGCUUGGGCCAGCCGAGUCCCCUCUCUGGGCUAGACUUUCCUGUCUGGACAAGGUAUGGGGGGCAUGGCCCACCAUGGGGAGAGUACGAGUGCGACAGGCCAGACCCUCAAUAAACUCAGCUUCCUUCC